AUUAAAUGAAAUAAUACUUUCACAACUAUCAUUAAAAGCGUACUAGGGCACUAGAAAUGGUAACUUAUAACGUUAUAAAUCAAGUUGGUUUCUGCUAUUGGAAUCGAUGCAAAUACGAAUAUUUUUAAAGGCUUGUCUCUAUUUCCAAGCAUCCUUAUUCUGAGCAAACGGUUAAUGACUUUGUUGAUGUUAGCCUAGUAAUAAAGGCAUUCCGUUGAGGUGGAACAAUUUGAUUGUAUAAACUUGUAACUAGUUCCAUUCACUUGGAGUAUCGUGGCGUUGGUGCGUGCGUAGUAAAAGGAUACCAGUUCAUCCGCCUAACGCCAAAUCGUAAAGAGUGUGUGUGUGUGUACUCUUGCUCUGAGAUUCGUAUGGAAAAUACCAAUACAUCUUUCUGUGUGUGCGCAUCGCAUUUAGUAUGUGAUUCGCUCUACAUAGGAAUCUUCCACAUAUCUAUUCUAAGAGGCGUGGUAUAUACUCAAAUAUAACCGGCGUUUCUCAAGAUUGUCAACGCAUACCAUUUGUUCAAUCGCCUGAAUGAAGAUGACGUCACAAUUUGUCACGCUCGUGAUAGCGGUAAUCGUCUGCUCUUUCGCAGUCGUGAAUGCACAAAACAAUACAGAUUCGAAUAAUGCUACCGAUGCCCCCAGCCCGGUAACGCAACCCCCUUCGACCCCCCGACCACCCGUUUCAUCGGCACCCCCUCCCAAUGAAGGGACUACGGCAGCAGCAGGCACUGUUACCUAUGCACCUGUAGACGGAGACGAUGGCAAUAAUAUGGACGGCGAUGGUGAUGGUGAUGGUAUGGAGGGCGACGGCGAUAUGGACGGACAUAAAGGAUACGAUGAUGACGAUAAAGACGGAGGUGGAUUGAAUGAUGGUCAAAUAGCUCUUGCCAUUAUUGCAACUUUACUUAUUUUGGGAACUUUGGGGACCUUUUUGGGACUGUGUUACUGGAAAUACAGGGGAACUUCAUACGUCACGGUCACUUCAGAGACGACAUACAAGCAAUAGUACCAACUCUAUCCCCUUAUUAUUCAACAAUUUCAGUAUAUUAUGGUAUCGCGUGUAGCAAUAACGUCAUCAAUAAAAAACAGAUCUAUUUGGUCAAUAUAUACGUUGUACAUUAUAAGCGUCUUUCUGUAAUCAUUUAAUACAAGAUAAGUUGCCUUGCGAUAAACGGAACAUUUCCAAUUUAAGUUGGAGAUUAGAAAACCGAAAGCGUUCCAAUCAUUUUUUACCUGAUGUUCUUGUGUGGCCGCCAGCAGUGACCCUUGUUUCUAAUUUCUUUACAUUGCUAAUUUGCAAUGAGUGACCCGAAAUCCAAAUUUAAAUUUAAAAUGUUAAUAUAAUAGGAGUUAGAAACCAAUCUUUCUCAAUCAUUUUGGGGAUUGGUCGCCAAGCACGGUCGCAUAGAUCUAUUCCGAUCCAAGGAAUUUCGAGAGUUUAUCCGAGGGGUUUCGUUGGAACUAUCUGUAUGUUUGUAUACAAAGUGCUGGUUGGUCAAUUGAAAUUGUUGUCGAUACAGUAACUCCUAAUCGGUAUUGCUUGCUGGAAAGUUUCAUCUAUCACUUCCAGGACUGAUCACUUCGGCAACUUCGAUGUAAUAUCAUUUCCAUUAAAAAGGGUAGUUGUGGCUUUUUCACAUAAACAAUAACGUGACAGAAUAAUUAAUUUCUUGAUAUUCAUAUCAAUACAUUCGUAUGGGAACUCAGAGUUAGGGUCUUUAGUGCGAAUAAUUCAAGUGUUCGCCAAAUAAGGCCGCUACGAUUUAAGAGCUGUUAUAACUCUACUUUCUAGUACUAAUUUACACUUAACUUUUCAUAAUAUUGUGGAGUUCACGAUGAUCAUCUCUUAUGUAUUCCGAUUUAAAACAAAGAGGCUUAUUGUACUUAUUAAUAUUAUAUUGUUAAAAUAGUGUUGAAUGCAGCCUUUAAGUAUUUCUCAUCAAUUGAAUAUUUUAUGAUAUUAGCCGUAGUUGUUUCGUCGGGUAGAAACUGACUUUAAAAAAUACAUAUGAUAAAAAAUGAACAACAACAAAAGUCCAUGUACCAUGAUUUUAGCAAUAUUUUGUGUCUAUGUUGAGCUGUGAAUGAAUUGCUAGAAUGCAAUUUGAUACAAGUCGGUGCUGUGUAUACCAUCAAAAUGUAUCGGUUAAUUUUUAAAGGAUAUGUAUAUGGUGUAGAACUACUUCUCGGCAUUUGUGGAAUCUUUCGUAAGCAGGCGCCAGACGAUUGUUUUGUGCCUGCAAACACCCUAACUAUCAGUGAUUAAAAAGAAUAACAUGGCAGGAAAAAGGGAGCAUAUUACAGAGCAAAAUUGGUUGCCUUGGGUCGGGUGUUUUAAGAAGCAAAUGGUCGAAGUCCAACAUUCGUAAACUCUGGUCGGCGGAAGUAAAAAUAUAACUUAAAAAUAGCUUUUGGAGAUAAUAAGUAUGACGCUUUCAAACCUUAAUUAUCUUUAAAGCCCCCCCCCCAAAAAAAAGCAGAUAUUUAAGUGAAUGGAGCGUGACAGUCACAAUGUUGGAUUCAUUGUUUGCGAGAUACUAAUCUUUCAUGACAUCAAUAGACGUCGUAGUAAAAUUACAUUCAUUUUGUCAUCACAUCAUUGAUCCUUACAUGUAGUUUUCGUAUUUUUUAUGAGUUUAUUCCUGAAUAAAAUGUAUGUCUUAUAUAUUCACACUAGGUAGUGUUGAAAAUAUGAUAUUUGUAGUUUAUUAGUUUAAACAUGCAGACGCACAAUGCGUCAAAACGGUGCACUUGCAACCGGCUUUAAGCUUGAUCGAACAAACCAGUAAAGGUAUCAUUAUGGACGUUCUUAUUUUCUUAAUAUCCAAUCAAACAAAUCUUGUUUUUUAUCUAUCAAAUAUACCUGAAACUAAAUAUUCAUUUCCUAAAGCCAUAUAAUCGUGUUUAAAGAUAUACCGCACAGAUAUUGUAUCGAUGUUGAAAAUAGUAUAUGUUUUCAUGUUGUAGACUUUUAUAGAGUUUAAACUUGUUUAUUAUAGAGUUUUAAACACAUGUUUGCUCUCAGGUCUUCUUGGUUAUCUUUUGAUUUCUUCAGGGGCGACACCGGGGUGGGGGGGGGGGGGCAGGGAGAGGCAACCCAUUUGAUUUUUAAAAUAUAUAGUGAAAGGGAGAAAAAGAAUAAGCGAAGAAAGAUAAAACGAGAGGUAUAGGUCGUUGAACUAAAUAUUUCAACUAUAAUUCAAUCAAGAAAAUAUGUCGCUUGCCCCCCCCCCCACCCACUCUCUCAUUAAAAUAUCCUGGCGCUGCCUUGUGCUUCCUGCAUGGCCAAAUUAAAACUUUAAAUACUCAUGUACUCAUUCAUUAUAAUGACAUUCGUAUCUUAGAUUUCCUAUGUAAAUACUAAUUUUGAUAGCUAAUUAUAAUAAUGCCCAUUGAUGUACAGUUUAUCCAUUUGAUUUUAUUCUAUAUCAGAUCACUGACUGCUCACACGUUAUAGCUUGUAAGAAAAAAUAUAACUACAAUAAUAUAUGCAUGUACAUAUUUCAUCAUAUUUGAAUACGGAGUCAAAUAAUUUGCCUUACGUAUAUACAUAGGCCUAAUUAUUGAAGUAGGCAUAUUACAAGUACCACUGGUAUUUUUUAUUCUUCACUACUUUUCCGUUGAAAGAAGAUAAGUUUUCUCAGUAAUGGGCCCGACUUUACUUUUAUGCAUGAUGCUCUAAAUUAUAAUUUACAAUAACGAAGCCUAAACCUCUUAUUGCCUCCAAAUUAGCAUGACGAACUAGGCAUUAGUAGCCACUCAUUUAUUGACUUAAACUUGUAGUAAAUUUACUCAGGAUUAGAUGUAUUUUGACUGGUUUCGUAUAAGUUAUAUUUAACUCAUCUUUUAAAUAGUCGCUCUGAAAACUUAGUUUAUCAAAACCGAUGAGCCCAUUUCAUGAAGACUUAUUUACGAUUAUGGUUGCUUUGUCAUUAGCUGAAAACAAGGAUUUGUAGGCUGUGUUACCAUGGUAAUUGCAAAGAUUGCAUCGUGAGGGAGUUUUAAUAAUCGUAUAGAAACGGGCCCAGCCGUUAUCUGUGAGUUGAUUUCGAUCGAUAUUCAUUUUUUAACCUCUAAAAAUUGAUAUUGUGAUCGAUCAAAAUAUUUUGAACAACUAUGUGUGUGACUGCUCAGCUGUAUAUCGUCGUAGAUUAUGAUAGUAGAGUUAUCAAAUAGAAUGUCGGAGUUUUUAAAUUUCAAAUAAAUUGUGGACCUUUUGCCUACCUUUGAA